UAUUACUAACAAUAGCGGGAAGAAGGAAUAAAAAAACAACGAAAAAAGUCAAAAGUCAUCCGCCACAAUUUUGCAGUGCUUGGAGAAAUUUCUUGAAUAUAAGAGAUUACUUAUAAUGGCGAAUGUGAUUGGUCUUUUGAAGAUUAGAGUAAUUAAAGGAAUCAAUCUUGUAGUCAAAGAUGCAAACAGUAGCGAUCCUUAUGUUAUUGUCUCCAUGGGUUCUCAGAAACUGAAAACUCGACACGUCAAAAAUGACUGCAACCCGGAAUGGAACGAUGAAUUGACUCUUGCAAUUUAUGAUGUGGAUGCUCCAAUCAAUUUGAUAGUUUAUGACAAAGACACAUUUACCGCCGAUGAUGAAAUGGGUGAAGCCAGUAUUGACAUUAAACCAUACGUAGAAUGUCUGAAGGCAAAUUUAGGUGAUCUCCCUAGUGGCACGGUUAUUGAUAAGAUUUUUCCGAGCAGGGACAACUGUCUAGCUGAUGUUAGCAAAAUCAUUUGGAAGGAUGGAAAAUUAGUGCAGGACAUGAUUCUCAGGCUUAAAAAAGCUGAAACUGGUGAGGUCGAAAUCCAAAUUGAGUGGGUGAAGGUUCCGGGUUCAGGGUUCUGAAAGCCUUGCACUUUGAGUAUGCCAGACGUUGAGUACUGUGCACCUGCUAAUCUGUUAUAGACUUGUGUGUUAGUUCUAAGCCGUUUGGGGCGGUUUUUCUAAUGUACAGUUUUUACUGAGUUUAGGCUGUUGUAUGUUAACCUGUUGUAGGUUAUGAAUAAGCGUUUGAGCUGUAAAAUAAGGUUGUAAAAUAAAUUGGAUGCCCUGCAUGUACCUCUGGAUCUGAAUCUAUGGUGCUGUUUGACAUUUACAUUGUUUCAUUUUGUGGCAAAAUAUUCAGACUUUUUAA